AUGCGCCCGUCACAUCCACCACGCUUCACGCUCGCGACACGACGACCGCGAGCAUUGGUACCAUGGCGGGGCUGCCGCUGCCGCGACGAUAACGGGCACAGACGAACCAUCGCGACACGGACAGGACACCCUCCAACACGGCUCCCCUUUCGGUUCGACACUGGUGUUGCCUUGUUCGCAAAGAGGACACCGAGGCCGUUUCCGCCGCCGUUCAACUCGCCGCCGUCUGCCUCUUUCUCAGAUCCCCUCAGCACGCACAACCUGAGCCGCGAUCGGCGCGCCUACGUCGAGGGGGAGCUGAUCCGCGGACAGACGAAUGGCGAUGAUGCCGUGUACGAGAGCGACUACUUCAUCUGCGCCAACGACGGCGUUGGCGCCUGGGCAGCGCGCCCUCGUGGUCACGCUGGACUGUGGUCGCGUUUGAUCAUACACUACUGGGCUAUGCUCGUGGAUGGGGCUAUUGCGCACGACGACCUCUCGGGUGAGCCUCCAGUCCCAGACCCCGUGUCUGCCCUCCAACGAGCCUUCGAGCAAACGACCGAAGCGACCGGAAAACACGACUGGCAAGGAACUACGACAGCCUGCGGGGCUCAGUUGCAUUACACGUUGCCCGAGACAUCAAACGGACAGGGCCCUUCUCCGACACUCUAUGUAACCAACCUCGGGGAUUGCCAGGUUAUGGUCCUGCGGCCAAAGGACCAAGAGGUCGUUUACAAGACUAAAGAGCAAUGGCACUGGUUUGAUUGCCCCCGCCAGCUGGGCACAAACAGCCCCGACUCGCCAAAGGAGAAUGCCGUCAUGGAUCAGGUCGAUCUUGAAGUAGGCGAUGUGGUGCUUGCCAUGUCCGACGGCGUCAUUGACAACUUGUGGGAACACGAGAUUGUUGAUACCGUGUUGACGUCCAUCAGGAAGUGGGAGUCUGAUCCCAUCUCCAAGGACAAGCGCGAUCGGACAGGCGGGAGGAACGGCGGCAUGCGCGCAGCUGCACGGGAGCUCGUCGCUGCGGCCAAAACCAUUGCGCUUGAUCCUUAUGCUGAGAGCCCUUUUAUGGAACAUGCGAUCGACGAGGGCUUGGCCAGUGAAGGAGGCAAACUAGACGAUAUCAGCGUCGUGGCGGCGUUGUGUAUCAAAAACGAUGACUAA